GUGGGCUCCUUCCUCCUCCUUCUCCUCCUCCUCGGGUCUGGGUUCCAGCGUCCUCCCUCUGAGCGCCUUCCCCAGGAUUUCUGUCUGAUGUUUCUCCUCCCGGCGUCAUUUUGGAGAGAAUGCGUCUGCUMGUUCUGGCGACUUUAUUUGGACUCUUUCUGGACGCAGGGAUACAUUAUCGGAAGUCCUGCGCAACCUCCGGCGCCUGCCUCAUCUCCUCCUCCGGUUACCAGCAGUUCUGCACCGGCAAGCUGAACUCGGUGUGCAUCACCUGCUGCAACACGCCACUCUGCAACGGCCCCAAGAGGAAGCGUACCGUCCCGUCCACGGGGACGACGAAACGCUCUCUUCUGUUCCUGACGACGCUGGUGCUCCUCCCGCUCGUGUAGUUUUCAGCGUACGGUUAAUUCUGCUCUAAAAUUAUCGUUGCUUCAGAGGUUUCAGUGAAAGGUCCUUGGUUCUGUUUAAACCUGAGGGUCCUCAUUUUGUUACAGGUUCAUCCCAUGCAGCAGGUGUUUUGGACUCUGGUUUGUUUGUUUGUUUGGUUGGUUUUUUUCCGGUCACUGAGAAUCAGGGCUCUCAAGUUUUGAUCUGAGCUUGGAAUGAGAUUUCAAGCGGCCGCUGUUGCCAACUCCUCAGUAAUGCUGCGUUCACACCGAACGCGAUUUCAGCUUCAAAAUCGCAGCCAACGCUUCAAG